AUGUAUUGUAAUAGUGAUCUGUGGAGAAGCUGUUUUGUGAAAUUUACAACAACUAUUGAAGCCGAAAAGGCCAUUGCAGCUCUAAACAAUCAACAUUUUUUUCCUGGGGAACAAAUGCCUAUUACGGUUAAGUAUUCAGGCAAGCCAGAUAGAGAAAGAGAACGUCAUGGGGCACUUGAUAAAGUGUUUGUUGCGAUGUUUAACAAAGAAGCUUCAAAGGAGGAAAUUAUGGAGGUAUGUUCUUGCCAACCAUGGGAUGUUAAGUUAUUGUUUUUCCACAAAAUAUUCACUUUUUACUUAUCUGCAUGUAAGUAUUCAUUAUUGAAACAUCCAAAUAUCUUAUGGAAAUUCAUGGAAGAUCAUUUUUUUGUGUAUAUUUAUACUGAUGAGACCACUGUCUCACAUAUGGAAUUCAUAUUUUCAUUCACUUUUUUUAUUGAACAUUUACUAUUUUGUGCUUUCAUGUUUACUAGUUUGAUUUCAAUUUUAUGAAACUAAGCUUCUAUGAAUGUAGUUAAUUUACUACAGUUUUUUUUUUUUUUUUUGCUAGAUCCAUUUAUGAUUGAUCUUUGUAAUUCUGAGACUUUUUUGGCUGGGUAGUCAGUAUUUUAUUUCUCAUGCACUCAAGGUGUUUG